AUGGCCUCACAAAAUUCGCAAAAUUCCGAUGCAACAAAUUUACUCCUCCGAAAACUAUCUCCGAAGGCUUUGAGCUUUUUAGGCUUGAUGGGUAGCGAGGAUACAAAUCAAACUACGAGUAAUAAUUCCAACAACAAUUCCAACAAUAAUAGUACCAAUUUAAUGAUCAAAACUCUUGCCAUGUGUUAUGGAAAUGUUGAUCAACUCAUGGCCAAUACGUUUCAAAAGCUGUUGGGAACUUCACAAUCCACGAUGGCCAAAUUUUCAAAAUUCUUGCCAUUCACUGAUAAAUCUGCAAAUUCAGAAAAGACUACUCAACAACAAGAAUGUGUCAUGCAUCAAGAUGCGCUCUCUGUCGUGGUAAUUGAUGUUGAUUAUUGGCUCUAUUAUUCAUCACUUUCAAAAUAUGUUCUAAAUGGUAAUAAUAGCAGUGGUAGUAUUGAUAAUUCUGCUCAAUUUACAAUUCCAUAUCAUGGAAUGUUAGCAUUGGGAAUUAAGUUUGGAAAUUAUAUCAUGAGAUGGACUGAAUUUGGAAUUGUGGACAUGAUUGAUCUUUCUCAAAUUGACCCAUCCAUUUUGAGAGCAUCGAUUGUGAGUAGAAAUGUGACACCACGAUCUCAACCAACCAUGUUAAAAGUGAAUGCCUCGAAUUUAAAGAAAAUUGCCACGGUCAUUGUGCAAUACAAUACACAUUAUCAGUACGAUCUCUAUGACAAGUCACCCAUUCAAUUUAUUAGAAAUGUGUGUACAGCAUUGGGUGUUUCUUUCAAGUUGGGAAGUUGUUGUCUGUUGCUGAAAGAAAUGGAGACUCAUUGGAAAAAGUAUCAUGGUUAUGAAAAAAUUGGUCGAUUGGAAAAUCCUUAUAUUGAAAAAGAUCAACUCAUUACCUCUGCUAGUCAUGUGCAUUUUCUAGAAAUGGUUACUAAUUUAUUGCGUUACAAUAAUAGUUAUUCUUGCGAUUUUCCAUUUGAAUGGUCAAUCAUGAAAUCGUUGGACAGAACCUUCAAAGUUUGUUCAAGUGUUUCACUUAUGGACCCAACUCUCAGAAAUCAUUAUGUAUCAAGGGAUGACAAUCCAUUUGUUUCUUUGGAGAAGACUUUUGGCAAAUCAAUGUCCAAUUUUCAAUUGGAUAAGAGUGACUAUACCUCUUCUUCUUCAUCAACACCGUCACUACCUGACACGGAUGAAACUAUUUGCGUCUUGGCACUCGAUGGAGGAGGUACACGAGGAAUUAUUUUGGCCAUAAUUUUGGCAGAGUUAGAAAAGAGAACAGGAAGAAAAUUGAAAGACAUGUUCCAUUUGGUGUGUGGAACUUCAACAGGAGCUCUGUGUGCUCGCUCGAUUCAAGCGGGUUUCGAUGCAGAGACUAUUCUUUCACUUUAUUUAGAAUUUGCAACAAAGAUUUUCAGCUCCAAACAACUGUUAAACGAGGCCGUGACAAAAUUCUACAAGGUCGUGAGUUCUGGUUUCUUUUAUGAAGCCAGUAAAUUAGAAUCAUUAAUUUUGAAUCAAGUUGGACGUCCAACUUUUGAUGGCAAUGACAUUCUCACCCUCAAUGAUUUACAUGUCACUUCUCCAAAGGCCUUCUUUGUGAGUACUCUAGUUCCCAAAUCGAGCAUGCAUGAAAAAGACGAUUGCAAAGAAGCGACUGAAACUGUAAGCAAAUCAUCGAGUUUGGCCAAUAAUGGUCGUUCCAUGAGCACGGAUAGUCUCUACAGUGCUGUAGCAACAGAAGAUAAUGCAUUGUCUUGCAUGGAAUCCACAACAGAAAUUCCAUCAAGAGCCACAACAGAUGAAGCCAUUAGCUACAUUUUUAGAACCUAUCCUUGUCCUUUCCAAAAAGACAAUCAUCCCGCAAGAUACAAAGGCACAUGGAAUGGUAAAAACGUGACCGUUGCCAGUGCGUUGAGAGCAAGUACGGCAGCACCCGUGUAUUUUGAAAAAAAGAAAAUUGGCUCGUGUCACUUUAUCGAUGGCGGAGUGAGUAAUAAUAAUCCAACAGAGCUUGCAGUGAGUGAGAUGAAGAAACUCUUUCCCAAUCAUAAGAAUUUUUGCAUUGUGAGUUUAGGAACUGGAAAAAUUACCAAGACCAAUACCAAUAAGGGAGGAUGGUUCUCAUUCUCGUCCUCCUCAUCGAAUAAUAGCAAGUCAGAAAAUACUGAACUGAUCUCAUCUAAUGUGAACACCUUGUUGGAUAUUUUCGAAUUGAGCAUGUCGAGUGAGGCCAUUCAUAGAAGAGUCAUGGACAUUGUUUCAGAAACGACAGACAAGAACAUUACUUAUUUUAGAUUUAAUCCAACUCUUGAUCAAGACAUUCCACUCGAUACAACAGCAACUGAGGCAUUUGAAUUAAUGACCAACAAGACAAGAGAAUAUGUGAGAAGUGAGGAUGCUUUCAAUAAUUUAGUGAAAUUUAUGAAAUCCAAGCAAUAA